AUUGUUGGGAAUAGUACAUGUAGGUAGGGCUCUGUUUAUGGACCAGGUCCACCGAGCAGAGAGAAUAAUGGCGCGUCGUUCGUGGUAUCCCGCCCGUAUCCACCCCAAUCACAGCAAUCCCGACGAAUCAGCAACGCACCACCUCCUCAAAAACCUCGCCACACGCCAUCGAGCCGGAGCGAUUUCCAAUUCUUCCCCCCAGCCAAACGCCAUCGGCGUACGCAUCCCUCCCUCGUUCCCAUGGCCGCCUCGCGCGCCGGCGACCCGCCGGAGUCCACGCGCCUCCGCAUCGGCGACGACAUCGCCUGGUCCGAGAUCAACGGCGUCUACGACCGCGACGACUCCCUCAAGGAGAACACCAACCCCAAGUGCCUCCUCAAGAACCACCCCCACCACAACGGCUCCUCCUCGCAGCGCUUCUCCGGCAACCUCAAGCCGACGGCCGCGCCCAUCAUCGGCCUCUCCGGGAAGCUCGGCGCCCAGGGCGGAGGCGCGCGGCGGCAGCACCACCACCCGCCGGCCAUCUUCCCCAAGAAGGCCAAGACCGGCGGCGGCGGCCGCGCGCCCAAGACGGCCGUCCCGGAGCCCGAAUCGCCCAAGGUCUCCUGCAUCGGGAAGGUCCUCUCCGACCGCGAGCGCGCGCGCCUCGGCCGCCCGCCGAGGGCGCGCGGGAGCUCGAGGCCGCCCGGGUGCUGCGGCGGGCUCGGGUUCUUGAUGCGGCGCAGCCGGUCCAGGAACAGCGUCGUGGAGUGCGUCGACCAGUCCCCGCCGCCGCCCUUGGCAGAGGCGGCCAGGCGGAGGGAGACGAAGGAGGUGGGGGAGGAUGAGGUGCCGGCGGCGGCGGUGCCGGGGCUGGGAGGCAUGCGGCGGUUCGCGUCGGGGAGGCGGGCGGCGGAGUGGGCGGCCGAGAUGGAGGACGACGGGCGCGUGGCGAGAUCUGGGCCGUUGUAGCGCGUGCGGGGAGGGGGCCCGGGGGGCGGGGGUAGUUGACGUGUGGCUUUCGGUUUGGUUGUGCCUGUGUUGUACCUGUAGUUGAGCUGUGUACAUACUUGCAAUUAGAAAUUGCGGUUUGUGUUGACAGAUUUUGGUUGCUCUCCUUUCUGCAAUUUCGACUUUGGUCAUGGAGGUGCAUUACUUGAAGGUUCCGUUUGGAUCCUUUUAUUUUGAAAAAUUGGAAUCUACUUAAUAGAGUAGGCUAUUUGUCUUAGAA